AUGUCAGGAGCGGCGGCCGAGCAGUUGAGCUCAGGUGGAAAGCGGACAAGCUCUGCAUUACGCGUUUUCCUCGACAGGCACGAGCACGAGCAGCUGGGACUCGCAUUCGCUCUGCUAGUGCUGCCAUCUGUACAUCUCUUGUGUGGCAGCAGCAGCACGGCAGCAGAUGAGAUUGUGCUGUCGCCACUGCUCGCGAUGAGGGCCGAGUACAUAGGACUGUCAGCCGUUGGCUGGCACGUGAUGACUGGCAGUUGGUUCGAUAUCAUACUUGCUGGGCUCGCACUCUUCGGUGUCCUGUCUGGUCUACUAUAUCUUUCCGCGGUACUGCUUAUCAAAGUCCACGACAGGCGGAAGGCUCUUCGAGGGCGAGUACGAAAAGUGCCGCGAGGGGUUACAGAAUUUCUUGAUAGCUUGAAGAGCAAGGGACAAUCAAUCUCUGCAGAUGCGCGCAGUGAACAGGAACCCAAAACAUUCGGUGUAUAUCUUGGCAGUUUUGCAACACCACCGACCCAGCAAGAAACAGCCGUUCUGAGGAAAUGGGACAUCGUCGUGCUGGAUCCUGCCCAAAAUGGUGUGCUUGACGCUGCGGCUUCUCACUGCACCUCUGUCCAGACCCUUGGGAGGCUCGAUGUGCAAUCGGUGGUCGGAAAGCAAACAGCAAAGACAAAAGAAGCGUUUGUGCCGGCACUUAAAACCAUCACAGACUUCGUAUCGUCACGAUUUCGGGGUUCAAACCGAAUGUACUCUCCGAUGACAGGCAUAUUGCUUGCGAAUUGGCAAUCGAAGCUGCCUCCAGUCAUUUGCCAGGAGUUGAUCAGGUACCUGAGAAGUCUCAACUUUGAUGUAUACCUUGAGCUUUCCGAGCCUGAAUAUCUCACUGAUGAUGAAUGUCGGCAUAUUGGCAUGGACUUGAUCAAAGGGUUGAUCUGUAGGAAUGGCACGAUACUGCGAAAUGGUGAUCGCAGAGACUACUAUCAGAUGUCCAACCUGCGUCGUGCGCAACGAGCGCUGGCCAAGCACAUGUCUCUUGGAGGUAUCGUGUUCGCCAUGUGGGAGACUUUGGACGAUAUGGAGACACUCUCACAUUCAGUCGCGAACAGGAGCUAUCUGUGGUGCCGGUUCAAUACCGCGCUCAGCUGGAUCGGGUCCGAAAAGGCGCUCAUUGACACAUAUGCUGCCCAGAAAGAAACUCUGGCAGGCUUGCCACUUGGCGCGCUGAUGUGGAUGAAGGGCUGGGAAGUCAUGAUCAUGCACGAUACAUGGAGGCUUAAUGACACUAUUGUCCAGAACUCCUGCCAUGAUAAUGAUGCCUUCGCAAUAAUAGAAGACUAUGUGCCAGGGAUUGGCAAGAUGCUUGAGCUCCACCAGACUGAAACUCCAGAGCAGCCAAAAGGCAGACCACUGUCUAUCACUGACGCUGGCUUUCCGAUCGGGGACCUGCAAUAUAAUCUCAAGAACGAUGCCCUUUCGUUCUCCCCCGAAGGAGAAGACUACACGGGUCUUGGCUGCUUUCAGACCGGUCUGCCGGCUUCCCAGGAAGUCUUCGAUAUGCUUCGAGAUGGUCAGCGCAAGCUUCGAGAUUUGAACAUGCUCGACCGACUGGGUGCCGAAGCACUGCAAGAGAUUGGAACAAAGUUGAGGCCACUCUUAGAGCUCAGUGAGCAGUUCAAAGACUUUGAUGGCAUGGCUGACGCCGUUGAAGAGCUACUCAAUUUGCUCGCUGUGAGCGAUGGACAGGAUACUGACCGGUUGCGCAUAUACAUGGGCAUACAUUCUGGCUUCCACAGGAACACUAGCGAGCAAUUUUGGGGUCUCUAUGACAAUGGAAUGUUCUCCAACACUGAGCGGAGAGGAAGUCAUCCAGGGUACCUGGAUCUAUUCAUUUCGUUGCGUGCUAGUGAUCGAGCACUUGCCAUUCUCCACACCUGGCUGUCAAUAAAGCGCUUCUCAAGGACACAAUGCCUCAAAGCUGAGUGGCUCCUGUACGAGCGUGGCCGGCUAUUGGAUGAGAGAUGGGAGUUGCCGAAGAGAAUGGUUGAUGAUAUCGUUGGCCUUACUUCCCAAGAACUAAUAUUGCUGUUGCAAAGGCUAACCCUCUCCAGCGAUGCGGCUUCUGCGGGACUGUGCGCAAGAAUGGCAAAACUCUGCCGACAUCAGCUUAUGGCUAUCCCGACUCGAGAUCAACUCAGAAAGCAAAACACUGAGCAGUACCUACGUGGUGAAAUCAGUACAGCAGAUCUGAUAAAGAACCGACUUGCUUGGUACAGAGAUCAAGGCUGUCAUGCUCCAGAGUACAGCGCCGCACUCCAAGUGUUUGAAACAAUGGAUCGCCUUUUACCAAAGGCGCUCAUGGAUCAAGACGAUGGCUUCGUGGAACGAAUUGAGACAAUCCUAUCCAAGACCAUCAAGAAACAAGGCAUCGAUGCCGCAGUCGACAUUUUCGCACUUUCAGUAUUCUGCGCGUAUCGAAGACUGGCCCUCGAAGAGAUCUACCUGGAAGUGCUGGAUCGCAAUCCCUUACCUAAUCGACAUCCGGACCAAGCAGCAUGCUUUGCCGAAAUGUUCGGAACAGGCUCUCAAUGCGAGACUUACCUGGAUAUGACCUCGAAUGUGUUGGGCCGUAUAUUGGCAGACAAGUAUCAGGCCUACUACACAAAGCAUCAACCGGCAGCACGUAAAGAUGGUAGCAGUGAGCUGCCGACGUCCUAUGCUUCCAAGUCUGUUGAUGAGGAUCCGGACGCACAACGACCAACGCUACCAAUCUACUACCAGAUUACCUUCCUCGGCAUAUUCGCCGUGCCGGCAUUGUUUGAUAUCAUGAUGUUGACAAUUCUCGGGCGUGGUCUGUACCUCAGCAACUACAUGGCGGAGAGCGAGAAGAUCAUGGCGACAGCUGGUCUGAUGUCCGGCCUCCUGCUCUGCGGCGGGAUUGGAACCUGGAUCGGCUAUGGAGGAAGCUACUACCUCCAUGCAAUGUCAUUCCCAGCCAUGAACAUGUUCGUGCUUACUAGGUUCGUGGCUGGAGUCGCCCUGCUUUCCAUAAUCGGCUUGGUUGCAUUCAUCACUAUUGGCAUUGCACGCAGCUGGUACGACGGCUUCAUCUUCGUAUUCUACUUUGCCGCACUGGAUACCUAUCUCACCAUUCUGGCGACUUUGGCUAUCUAUCAGUUUCCAGGCUUCAUGUUCCAGUCUGGACGGAACACAGUCGUUAUGUGUCUGCCAAUCCUGCUCAUCUCACCUAUCCUGACUCUGUGGGUUCAUAAAGACAUCGUCAUCUAUCCUUGCGUUGUUACUGGAUUCAUAUGCUGCCUCCUGCUCGGAGCCCGCAAGGUCAUAUCACAAUGGGGCACGUGGUACCUCAAAGUUCCCAUAAUCAGCGACACGGAAGUGGUGAACUUCUACAACGAGGUCACACCUCCAGAGGAAAUCCCAAACAUUUCCGAUCUUGCAGCUACUCCGUUGCCUCGAAGGGCUUUUUUCGCCGCACUCGAGAAAGAACGAAGCAGGUGGCCUUGGCAGAAGUCAGAGGCUGGUCAGUUGAUCAAGAAACACGUCGCCGGCUAUGAUGCAACCGUUUUUCUCAUGGAUUGGUACUGCAAAUACUCUCGGACGGCAAUGCCUUAUCCUUACAGUCCGACCUGGAAUCUCAUGGUCAAGACUGCGAUUGACACCAUUCGGGAAAUGCAAAAAGGGCUCAAGCUUCACAAUGCCUUCAUACACUGGCGCUUUGGUGGCGACGAAGUCUGGUGCGGCGUCUUGUACUUCCUCAUUGCUCUUAUGGACAAAUGGGUGUCGCUCGUGACGGGCCACAACGUGGUCGGUCUAUCAGAUGCAGGAAAUCCUGUGUACAGAUUGGCAGUCGGCUUCAGCUUGGCUUACUACCUCAUUGCAGCUGUCUGCCUCGAUGCUGUGGCUCAACCGCUCUGGCCCAUGGCGAACAAGAAGACUCCUCAACAGAUCACGUCGCUAGCGUUCUUGAAAGAAGCUGCUCUGAACGACGCCAAAGCUAGACGAAAACUCUACUGGACGAACUGGGCCAAAUUCUUCUUCUCUCAUUUGUGGGGCUUCGCGAUCAGUGCAUCGCUGAUGUGGAUUUUCCAGUCAGCCAAGAGCGCAACUAUCAUGUUCAUGGCAUAUACUGGGGCGUAUUCAGGGCUGCUGUGGUAUCAAUACAAUCGAAUAUACACUGGACCACUGGCGAUGAAUGAUCUUAUCUGUGCUGCAAUUUGCGGUAUAGCGGUAGGUGUUGCAAUCCGGACUCACGCACCCGACUUCGUGUAUGGCGCAGUAGUCGGGCUCGCGACCGCCACUUGGCUGGCAGCGAUCUUAUCGUGGAGGACCGCCAACGUAGGAUGGCCUAGACCUCCCACCGACAAAGCGCAAGAGAAGAAUAAACCUGAUGUGCACACAUUCAGCUCAGUGGCACCUUGGCCAUUCUUUUCACAGCGGACCCUUUCGGACCUUUACAGAGAAAUGCAGGCCCUUCCCGAUGAAGAGCGCUUGCUGGUCGAUCCGAACAAUGGCAUAGGUGCUCAAGCAGUCCAGAUUUUACAACGUAGUAUUGGUCUCCGGAAAGCCUCUGCUAUUGAAGCUGCAUUUCCAAAUGGAGAACAUGUGCUAAACACGGCCAUUGGUUUCUGGAAACAAAAUGGACUGGAAGUCACUCUUGUAUCCUCAAGAUACAUUACUCAAGAUCAGAGGAAGAUCCGGACGAUCGCCAAAGUGCAACGUGACCACACGCAACUCAUUGUUUUCGUGAAUCGAUACGUCGAUGUUAGCCAACAGAGCCAAAUCAUUGCCGAAGCCGUGGUCCGUAUCACAGCAGAGAUUAAGCUAGCACUUUCCAGAGACCAGGCAGCGCUUGCUGAACUGCUGGUCACGGAGAGCUCUGCGUCUAGUAACAUCGUUCUCCCAGAGGGAAUUAAAAGGCAUCUCGAUGCUACGGCAAGUGAACGUACGAGGAUCACCAAGUACGGCAACGCCGAAGUACUCCGCGAUCUUCUCUUGGGUCUUGACUCCGAUACUCAAUGGGACAACUUGCCUUCGGCCAUUCGUGAGUUCCUACUUGACCGAUGCCUAGGUCGCGCUUGCAAGAUGAGCGAUGUUCAGGUCGACUGGAUUCGAAGCACUUUCUUUGGUGAACGAUUCACGACCAUACAAAAAUACCUGGCGCGUUGCAACCUCAGCAUAAUACUUGUCAAUGCUACCAAACAAUACGCCAAGGCUAAGAGUGCAGAAUUCUAUGGCCCUGAGGAUGAUGGCUCCGAGCUCAAGGACCGGUUCAAACGAUUCAGCGCUGGCCCCAUCAUUUUAAAGCGACCGACCAGCUUCUUUGGAAAGAUAACAUACCGUGUCCGCGCCACUUACAAGGGCUGGAGGUUUGCUGUCAAGUUCUACAUCAUCGCGCUGACAGGCGAGCCGGAAUAUCAGCGAGAGCUCGAUUUCUUCAUCGCGGACAAGCCAUGGUUCGCGAAGUACAUCGUGCCAUUCCUGCUUAAUGGAGCUUGGAUGUAUGCCAAAGCCCUUCAAUGGCUGAUUAUCCCGCAAUUCAUGUUUCACAAUCGCGAAAGCGUGCGUAAGCUACAGCAAUACAUGAGAGGCACCAAGUCUACGAUGACCAGAGAGAAAGUUACCAUAGAAAGCUUCGAUGGUACACAGACUGGUUUUCUCCACACCAAAGGAAACGGCGUAACGACUUUCAGCUUGUACAACGGCAAGCACGAGGUGAAACCUGCCGACACGGCACAGUUGAUCUCGACAAGCACUUAUAUCAGCAAGUGCUUGCAGCUCAAGGCUCGUAAAGAGUACGCCAAUGGAGAGGUCAGCAACUCCUACCGAUAUCUUUACGAUAACUCCAAGGACGACUUUGCCAAGCUCCCAAUAUCUCGAAUCUGCGAUGGCGGAGACAAGGAAGGAGAAUUAAUGCAUUACGAUGACCGCGGAUACGUCACGUCGGGAUCUUACACCAAGGACGACAAUUUGACGCAUUUCAAAUACCAUUACCGCCGUAAUGCGAAGUACGACGACGAGCUGAUCAGAGCUGAAUACACCAUGGCUCACAUGACAAUGAACAUAUCCUGGUGCUAUCCUCCGCCGGAGAAGAAGGACGACCUGAUGCUAUGGAUUCCCAGCCCGAAGGUCGUGGAGUGCAAUUACACACUGGGUUCCGAUGUGUACAGAUGCUGGUGGAACUACGACCACCGCUCUCACCCCACGAUACAUACAACCAUGAACGGUCAGACAGUCAUGACACCGGAGAAGAUUCGUUUCGACCACUAUCAUAUCCUCGCCAAACCGCGCAAGAACAGCUUUCUCGUGGACAACCCGCUGAUCUCCUUCAGAAAUCAGCGAAGCAAUGUACUCACACGCUUAUUCAAGUUCCACGAAAAGUGGUAUCCUAUCUCCACAGGCGCCGCUCGUAACAUUCUAUGGAAGACAUGGAAAGGCACGAAGGAUCUUGACGCUGUAUCAAUCAGAUGGCUGGACGAGAUGGCUCUGCGACGAGACCGCGUAUUGACGGCAUACUGGCUGCGACGAGACCUUGGGCUGCUGCACAGUGCUCGAGCAUACUUUCAAUCUAAUGCCGAUUCGAUCCUAGCUCGCACGGAUCUAGACCCUGAGGUCAGCUCCUGGUCUUCCAUAGCCUUCAAGUAUGGUGAUCUGGACAGUUUUGGGCAAGGUGGAGAUGCUCGAAUCAAUACGAGAGACCAGUCGACGCAGAUAAGAGACACUCAUGACACUCUCAACGUCCUGGCUAUGGACACUGGUACUUGGCCAAACGAGGGCGGAGGAGUGUCUGCUUGCCGACGAGACAUGGUCAAUGAUCUUUCCACAAUCAGAUGGCAUGUUGUUGCCGAAAACGCCAACGACUUCGGUGUACCAAAGUUCCAGACGGAGCGGAACAUCCAAUCAUUGACAGUACUGCCUCUAUGGGGAAUGGACUUCUUGACGCCUCAUCACGGCGUUUUCGAGGAUAUUCUGGACUCUGCUGUGCAGCGCCGAUCGAAUCACACAUAUCACGCAGACAUCGAGAAGAACUUCCUGCCAAUCCUCACCAGUCUUAUCAAGUGCGCUCGUGCAAUUAAGUUCGGGCCAGAGCACAUCGAGGAAGCGUCGCAAGCACUGGUCGAUCUGAGCAACUACUUUGCCAAAGACCGUCAUUGGACGGAAACAUGGAUGAGUGAGCCCGUCAAGCAGAGAUGGCGAGAGUUGUGGCUAGCUGAAGAUGUCGAGAAUGCUGUCCCUAUCUCCAAGUGGUGGGAUGCAGAGCUGCCUACACUUGCUCACAUGGACAAUGCUCUUGACAUGUGGCAUCGGUUCCUCUUCAUCUUCACCCUGGACGUUCCCGAGAUCAUCCCAGAUGUCUUUCAAGCAUCUCACCACUUCUGUGGCGCCUCUUAUGGUGUCCUCUGCAAGCUCAAACGUAACUGCACGCUUCAUGUCUGGGACCACUGCAUAUCCUGGCGCGAGGUGACUGUGUUCUUGUCGUCCGCCAUGUCAUUCGAUGCUCCUUUCGUAUGCACCAGCUUGAUCCACCUCUCGCGUAUGACUUCUGUCCUUAUUUUGCACUACGCCGACGUAGUCCUGCCGUGCGCCGACUUCUUCAAUCCGGGGUGGGAAGUGGAACACGGAACGCAGGAGGGGAUCCUCGGUCAUCGAAAGGCUUUCGCGAGAAAGAUCGAUCCGGUCGUCAAUGGCAUCUGCAAUAUGGAGAACUUCAUCCCGAUCAAGAAGAUCAAGAGUAAGAAGCCAACGAUCACCAUGCUGUCCCACGUGCGCUUUGUGAAGGAUAUCAAGAACGCGAUCUUAGCGGCGGAUAUCAUCGUCAAUGAGUGGGGCUUUAAAGACUAUCAGCUUGAUGUGUACGGCGAUAUGGAGAAAGCGCCUGCUUACUCUGUUGAGUGUAAGGAGAUUCUUGCAAGCAAGGGCCUAAGAGAUUACGUUGCGCUGCGCGGCCUUGGAAGCCCGAGUAAGGUGCUUGAGGAGGCAUGGAUCUUCCUGAACUCGUCGGUAUCUGAAGGACUUCCAUUGGCGAUGGGUGAAGCUGCGCUGACUGGCGUGCCUGUCGUUUGUACUGAUGUUGGCGCAAGCUUCCGCGUGGUCACUGACCCUAUCACUUGGAAGAAGUUCAGCGCCGUCGUUGCUCCGAACGAUUCGUACUCGCUUGCUCGUGCGCAGGUGGAGGUUCUCGCUCUGCUCGGAGAGUGGGGUCAGUAUGCUGAAGAUGCACCAGGCGAGCGCCAUAAGCUGCCACUCCACCCAGGCAAGGAGGAAGUUGAGCAGAUCACGAAGCGAAUGUAUGCUAAAGAGGACCAACGCCGCAAGCUGGGCAUGAUGGGCAGGGCCAAUGUCCUCAACAGCUUUUCCAGCCAUCGAUACCUACGCGAGCAUGAGCAGAUGCUAUGGGUGGGCAAGACUCAGAGCCCAAGCUACCUGGCUCGGAGUCGCAUCGUGCCUGGUCAAUUUGAGCCGGCGAAGCAUGAGAGAGGAGGCUCUACUACUGACCGUGGACCGCAUGGUGAAAACUCACCUGCGGGCUCAGUGGAUCACUCUGUCUCCGAUCGAAAAGGCCAAAGCGAAAAGGGGGAGCUUUCUGUCCGUGGAAUGGUUUGA